UCCAGGGCUCAGGUGGAACCUCCCGGGGGCUCAUCUUUGCGGGGGCAGGGGACACGACAGCGACCUCCUCUUUCAUCAGCUUGCAGCCCAGGCCCAGCCCACAGCGGUUUAGCACACACCCGCCAGGAGGGAGGAGAGGAAGGGCAGCAGCUACAGGAGAGGGCCUGCAGCGCUCCGGCUCUGCUCGCUCCCCGGGCAGGGAGUGGGCACAGGAAUCUGAGGCCGCAGGACCAGUUCCCAGCAGGGAUUCCCUCCUUGCUGGGGCAGUGGUGGCUCAACUCCCCACUUGAGCGGCGGCCGCCCCGUGUAACGUGACACUUGAAUCUCCAGGACGACCCACAACAAAAAAGCUGAAGCCAAGACAGCAGCUGACAGCCAGGAGCUGCGCUGCGCUGAGCGGAGGCACCCAGGGAGCAGCCUCGGGUCAGGAAAGAGGCGUCAGCAAAGGAAGGAAGAGGUGUGAGCGGGCGCGGGCGGAGGAGAGGGAGACCCGGAGGAGAGGCGCGCGGCGACGGCUGGGCCCCAGCACCCGCGGUCGCCCCCCACACCCAGCACCUGAGUUCACAGGAGGAACCGGGCAGGGAUCCGCACGGCAUGACGGCGGCCGACUUUGUGCAGGAGAUGCACUCCGUAUGGGAGAGGCUGCUACUCAAGCUGCAGAGGCUGCCCCAGGCCGAGCCCGUGGAGAUCGCGACCUUCUCGGUCCUUGUCAUUUUCGCAGCCACGGUCGUGCUGCUGCUGCUGGUGGCCAUCUGCUACUGCUGCGUUCAGUGCUGCUGCCCCGAUCGGAGAGGCAGGAAGGUCCAGGUGCGACCCAUGACCCCACUGCAAGGGACAAGGCGAUGACCAAGGAGGAACGGGACAGGAGAUCGCCAAAGCCAUGACGCGGGAUGUGGGCCUGGCCCUGCAGCCCCCCCUGCCCCCACAAAGCUCCUCGGCCCCAGCUCUGGCCUAGCCCUGGACUGUGACACCGAGGCCCGGAGCCUCACCGAGGAAACAAGGGCCGCUCCGGCCACAAGACUCUCACUUGCCCGGGAAGCCUGGGUGCUGAGGAGGAGCCACUGCUUCUAAGACAGAAAACUGCCGGGGAGUCUUUGUCUAACUGCGCUUUGAAACAAAACACAGAAGCAGGGUCCCCAUAUCUGGAGAAGAGCCCGCACCCUGGAGAGCCGGUCCUUGGGCUCCCAGGCCGAAGUGCAAGAGGAGCCGGCCAGUCAGAGGGACUCUGCACAGUGGCUACCAGGUCACAAGCUCCCCCGAGAGGGGCCACGUCAGUGCUCUAUGCCAGUAACUGGCCUGUUUCUUUCCCAGUAAAAGCUUUUGGGUUAUGUGUU